AUGGCGAGGACAGAAAAGGAUAUUGGCAAUGGAAAAGAAAGAGACUCAGUUGAUGAUCUAGUUUCCUCAAAUGGAGGGCAGCUUUCUUCUGGGAACAGAAGUUCUCCAGGGUGCAUAAGUCCUAUGGAGAAGAGUUUCAAAGGGAAAGAUGAUGUGGCCCAUGCCAACAUUCUCCGCUCAAGGAAUAAGUUUGUGGAUGCACUUGAUAUCUACGAGAAUGUAUUGGAGAAGGAUUUUAAAAAUGUUGAAGCUCACAUAGGCAAAGGGAUUUGCCUCCAGAUGCAGAACAUGGGGAGGCUUGCGCAGGAGAGUUUUUCAGAAGCCAUCAAAUUGGAACCGCAAAAUGCUUGUGCCCUCACACAUUGUGGUAUUUUGUAUAAAGACGAGGGUCUCUUGGUGGAGGCGGCUGAGUCGUACCAGAAAGCUCUAAAGUCAGACCCUUCUUACAAACUGGCAGCAGAAUGCUUGGCUAUUGUAUUGACAGAUCUUGGAACCAGCUUAAAGCUUGCUGGUAACACACAGGAGGGCAUCCAGAAGUAUUAUGAAGCUAUCAAGAUCGAUUCACAUUAUGCUCCUGCUUACUAUAAUCUUGGUGUUGUCUACUCCGAAAUGAUGCAAUAUGACACGGCCCUAAAUUGCUAUGAAAAGGCUGCAUUAGAGAGACCUAUGUAUGCUGAAGCAUACUGCAACAUGGGUGUAAUCUACAAGAAUCGUGGGGAUUUGGAGUCUGCAAUUGCCUGCUAUGAGAGGUGUCUGGCCGUAUCUCCGAACUUUGAGAUUGCAAAAAAUAACAUGGCAAUUGCCUUGACUGAUUUAGGCACAAAGGUCAAAUUGGAGGGUGACAUCGACCAGGGCAUGGCAUAUUAUGAGAAAGCUUUGUAUUAUAAUUGGCACUAUGCUGAUGCCAUGUAUAAUUUAGGGGUUGCUUAUGGGGAAAUGCUGAAGUUUGACAUGGCAAUUGUAUUUUAUGAACUUGCAUUCCACUUCAAUCCCCAUUGUGCGGAGGCAUGUAACAAUUUAGGAGUGAUCUACAAGGAUCGGGACAACCUUGAUAAAGCUGUAGAAUGUUAUCAGAUGGCUUUAUCAAUCAAACCUAAUUUCUCUCAGUCAUUAAACAAUCUUGGAGUAGUUUACACUGUCCAGGGUAAAAUGGACGCGGCUGCAAGCAUGAUUGAGAAAGCUAUUGCUGCAAAUCCUACAUAUGCGGAAGCAUAUAAUAAUUUAGGCGUUCUCUACAGAGAUGCUGGAAAUAUAUCUCUGGCCAUUGAAGCAUAUGAGCAGUGCCUUAAAAUUGAUCCUGAUUCUCGCAAUGCAGGCCAGAAUCGGUUGCUUGCGAUGAAUUACAUAAAUGACGGAGCUGAUGAUAAAUUAUAUGAGACACACAGAGACUGGGGCAGGCGCUUUAUGAGGUUAUUUCCACAAUAUACUUCGUGGGACAACCCAAAAGAUCCAGAAAGGUCACUAGUUAUUGGAUACGUUUCCCCUGAUUAUUUUACUCAUUCUGUGUCAUAUUUCAUCGAAGCACCCCUCAUCCAUCAUGACUACACAAAUUAUACGGUGGUUGCGUAUUCCUCAGUGGUGAAGGCUGAUGCAAAAACAAACAGGUUUCGAGACAGAGUGCUGAAAAAAGGUGGGAUAUGGAGGGAUAUCUAUGGGAUUGAUGAGAAAAAGGUUGCCAGUAUGGUUAGAGAAGAUAAGAUUGAUAUCUUGGUAGAGCUUACCGGUCAUACUGCGAACAAUAAGUUGGGAACAAUGGCUAGCCGACCUGCACCUAUUCAGGUGACUUGGAUUGGCUACCCCAAUACGACAGGUUUGCCAACCAUUGAUUACAGAAUCACCGAUUCCUUGGCUGACUCUCCUGAUACGAAACAGAAGCAUGUUGAGGAGUUAGUUCGAUUAUCAGGGUCUUUCCUUUGUUACACGCCUUCCCCUGAAGCGGGGCCUGUGUCUCCAACUCCUGCUCUAUCCAAUGGCUUUAUUACUUUUGGUAGCUUUAACAAUCUAGCAAAGAUCACACCUAAAGUACUGCAAGUUUGGGCGAGGAUUCUAUGUACAAUUCCUAAUUCUCGACUUAUUGUAAAGUGUAAGCCAUUCAGUUGUGAUAGUGUGAGACAGCAGUUUCUUUCAACACUGGAGCAGUUGGGAUUAGAAUCACAGCGUGUUGAUCUCCUGCCCCUGAUUCUUCUAAACCAUGAUCAUAUGCAAGCAUAUUCUUUGAUGGACAUUAGCUUGGACACCUUUCCUUAUGCGGGAACUACUACCACUUGUGAAUCUCUAUUUAUGGGCGUUCCAUGUGUCACUAUGGGAGGUUUGGUACAUGCGCAUAAUGUUGGAGUGAGUCUUCUGACCAUGGUUGGAUUGAGCAACCUGGUUGCCAAGAAUGAUGAUGAAUACGUGCAGCUAGCAGUACAAUUGGCAUCAGAUGUUACUGCCCUCUCAAAGUUGAGAAUGGGACUGCGAGAUCUCAUGUUAAAUUCUCCUCUGUGUGAGGGGCCAAAAUUUAUUCAAAGUCUGGAAUCAACAUACAGGAAUAUGUGGCGAAGAUAUUGUCAGGGUGAUGUGCCUUCUUUGAGGCGUAUGGAAUUGCUUCAACAGCAGGCUGUUUCAGAAGAGCUGCCCGUCAACUUCACAUGCUCCAACAAGGAUUAA